UACCCACCCUUUCUCUCUCCUCCCUCCUUCCGCUGAACCCCCGAAGAUUCUCUCUCCUCCCCAAAUUCUAUAGGAAAACCCUAAUCGGCGACUCGCCGGAUUGCGUCGAGAGCUCGGUCGACGAUUAGGAUCACAGUGACGCUGUAAUGGGGACCCCGGAAACCUCUCGUGAGCCCUGCCCUGACCGGAUCCUCGACGACAUCGGUGGCGCUUUCGGCAUGGGGGCCGUCGGCGGUUCCGCCUUCCACUUCAUCAAGGGCUCCUACAACUCCCCCAGUGGUGCGCGUCUCGCCGGCGGAACCCAGGCCGUGCGCAUGAACGCUCCCCGGGUUGGUGGCAGCUUCGCAGUGUGGGGAGGCCUCUUCUCCGCCUUCGACUGCACCAUGGUCUACGUCCGCCAGAAGGAGGAUCCCUGGAACUCGAUAUUCGCCGGCGCCGCCACCGGAGGCUUCCUCCAGAUGCGCCAAGGGCUUGGCGCGUCGGCUCGAUCAGCUCUCUUUGGUGGUGUCCUCCUGGGCCUGAUCGAAGGUGCGGGGAUCAUGCUGAAUAAGUUCAUGAGCCCGCCGCCUCCUCCUCCCUUAAUAAUGGAGGAGCCCGGGGCAUACCCUCCGGGGCAGUUUCCAGGUCAAAUCCCAUCACAGCAGAUUCCUUCGAUUUCAAGUUCGAGCUCUAGUUCGGAUACUGGUUCAGGUUCAAGCUCAUGGUUCGGGGGUUGGUUCGGCGGAGGGAAGAAGGAGGAGGCGCCAAGCAGCGGAGCAAAGAGCGAGGUUCUGGAGAGUUACGAUACGCCCAUGCCUUCUUUCGAGUACAAGUGAUAAGUUUUCGGGGUUACAUUCUCAUAGUUGUUGGCUUAAUUUGGUGUUCCGUUAGGGGGCAUAAUAUCGGAGAACUGAGCUUUGAGCUUUUCAGGGCUCUGGCUUUUUGAUAAGUGUAAGAACGCAAUAUUGGUGAUUGCUUAAUCUCUUUCCAGUAUACAUAAUCGCUAUUGAAUUGUAGCCCUGCGGUUGAGCAACAUCCUUGUGUAGCUUACAUUAGUUUUUGCUCAUGUUUUCUCGUUGAGAUAUGAUGAACUUAGUGAGUUUUGGUCUCGAAGGUUCAAGACUUCCUGCGAUAGCUGGUUUGUGAUUCUAUCUGUUAGAUUCGAGAUUGGCAAGGGAAAGCUUGAGUUUU